CAAAUCAAUAUUUGCAGAACAUUUUAUGGAACGAUCGUUGCUUACCGAGGCUGUUGACAACAAAUAAACAAAUAAAUAAAAAUGGAUGUGGAACCACCCACGAAUUAUUCGGAUUCAGCGUCCAUGCAGUCGAACUCGGAAUACUCUGAUGCUGAAUGUGAACCUCACAUAGAUGAAAACGAAUAUUUCCACGAUACAGAGCGUGAACACAACGAGAUUGCCCACAGUGUCAUAAGCGAAAUACGCGAAGGCCUAACGCCAGGAACACAAAAUGCAUCGAAUGGUAUAAAUGGUAAAAACGCCAAUACAUCUACUAAUGUACACAAAUCUGUAUCUGCGGAAUCCCUACCCAUAAGCAACAGCACCAGUACGGUAUCGGGCGAAAUUGUUAACUCAUUAUCAGCUGCGACAUUAGAUGAAGGUGAUGAUGAUGAUGCACAAUUUGAUUAUAUGCAUGAUAGUGUAUGGCGUGGACAAAAGAAGCAUAUUUUUAUCUUGAGUGAAGCGGGGAAGCCCAUAUAUUCACUACACGGCAAUGAAGACAAAUUAGCGACUCUCUUUGGAGUUAUCCAAGCAUUGGUUAGCUUCGUGCAACAUGGGCAGGAUGCUAUAACGUCCAUACAUGCGGGUGGCAUAAAAUUUGUUUUCCUGGUGCGUAAUACGCUAAUACUGGUGGCAGCUUCGCGUACAAAUAUGAGUGUGGCGCAGCUGCAAUUACAGCUGAGCGAUGUCUACAAUCAAAUUUUGUCCACGCUCACUAACAAACAUGUUACACGUAUAUUUGAAAAGCGUAAAAAUUUUGAUCUGCGUCGUUCGUUAGCAGGUAGUGAACGACUAAUAUAUCAUUUGCUCUCAAAUGAUAGCAGUAAUAAGCGAGUGACCAACAACGUAUUCACCUUCCUAACAAACUCUAUACGCGUACUGCCUCUGCCGACAACGGUGCGUGCAAGUAUUGUUAGUGGCAUACAAAGUAAUUGCUCAAAAAUUAAAGAUUUAGUUUUCGCUGUGCUCAUAGCUAAUAAUAAAUUAAUAUCACUUAUACGUAUGAAGAAAUAUUCCAUCCAUCCAGCUGACUUAAGGCUGAUAUUUAACCUCAUCGAGUGCUCAGAAUCGUUUAAGUCUUCGGAAAAUUGGACACCUAUAUGUCUGCCGAAAUUCGAUAUGAAUGGCUAUUUGUAUGCGCAUGUUUCAUACCUAACAGAUGAUUGCCAAGCGUGCCUUUUGCUGCUCUCCGUCGAUCCUAACGUGUUCUUCACACUAUCCGAUGCUAAGCGACGCAUAACCGAUAAGCUGCGCUCAACAAAAAGUCUCGAAGCGAUUAGUAGGGAAAUUGAGAAACCCACAAAUGGCGGCUUAAAUUUAACAGCUAUUGGCAUACCAGAACUACGGCACUUCCUGUAUAAACCAAAAACGGCAGCGCAACUACUCUGCUCCGAGUUAAUGCCACCAUAUACAACACUAAAAGAGUUUGAACGUUUGGAGGGCAUCUAUUGUGAUUUAUUGCAUCGCAUACAUAACAGUACGCGUCCGUUGAAAUUGAUUUACGAAGUACACGAACGUGAAGUGGUGCUCGCCUGGGUAACGGCGGCUUACGAGUUAUAUGCGGUAUUUGAGCCGUUGGUUGAUAAAUGUGCAGUGAUUAAAAAUGUCGACAAAUUGAUUAAAUGGAUUGAAAAGGAAUAUGAUGUCUUCUUCAUACGAAACCAUCCAACCUUCUGAGGUUGGUGGUUGCUUGGCGAAAUGUUAAGCACUGAUAUGUAAUAGUGUUUGUAGAUAAUAGAGCGGCGUUAGAAGACAAAAGUGAUAUAUUUUUCUCUUUGAUUAUAAUUAUAUGCAUAUUGAGUAUGCAUGAAUAAGUAUUUCAUAAACAAAUUGAGCACUUAGUGCAACCGUGCUCAUUAUGUAGGUUUUGUAAGAAUUAUUGGCAUGCUAAUAUAGAGAAACUAAGUUUAAAGUACGUAAUACAAUCAUUGAAAGAAAAAAAUGUUUAAAUUUGACAAUUUCAUGCAAUAUGUAAAUAAUUGUAAACUCUUACAAACAAACAUAUUCUUAGUUGAUAUUUAUCUAGUUAAAUGACGUUGAUUAUUAGUUAUGUAUUAUGAAAAUACAACUAUAUGAAA